AUGAUUUAUGGGGUUAAAAUUCUUAGGGGGAAAUAUUUUCCUAGAACACAUCCUUUUCAUAAGAACAGAGACUAUGAAAUUUCUUGGAUCUGGCAUAGUAUUAGAUUGGGUCUACAAAUCAUUAAAGAAAAUAACAUUUUGCAAGGGGAAAAUGGCAGAAAUAUUGAUGUGUCACUAGAUAAUUGGAUUCCAGGGAUGGGUAGAUUAACCAACUGGUACCAUGAGGAUGUUAAGUUUGUGGCAGAUCUUAUUCGAGAGGAAGGUGGUUGGGAUACUGUUUUAAUUGAUUCCAUUUUCCAUCCUGAAGUAGCAAAUAAAAUUAAAUCUAUUUAUCUCCCUGAAAACUCUCAGGAUACGCUUAUGUGGCUGGGUAAUAGAAAUGGACAAUUUACUACUAAAUUUGCAUAUAAAUUAGUAUCCGGGGAAAACCACAAUAAUGAUACAACCUGGUUGAAAAUAUGGCAUGUGAAAUUGUUACCUAGAACAAUUUUGUUUGUUUGGAAAAUGUCAGCUGAAGUAUUGAUCCUCAGAUCGAAGUUACAUGAUAAGUUGGGCCACUCAGAUCCUUAUUGUAUGCUAUGUGCUUCUGACAUUAGGGAAACCAAUAAACAUUUGUUUGUGGAAUGCAGUUUUUCUAGAGCAGUUUGGUUUGGUUUUGGUAUACAAAUCCCAUAUUUUGAUAUUAGUUGUUUUGAAUGGGUUAAAUCAUGGUUUACAACGCCAUUGAAGGAGUGGAAAGAAAAUUUUGCUAUAAUAUGUUGGCAAACUUGGAAGUACAGAAAUAUGAUGGUAUUUAAGGGGGUUAAACCUAAUCCAUUGGAAUGUAUUAGUAUGAUUAGGAAUGCUAUAAAUGAUUGGAGUUCAGCUUUCAAAAACAAAUCAUCUGGGAGGAAUCAGUGUAAUAGAAACAUUGCAUAUUCACAAAUUAGAAAUCAGCAGAAUGGAGCUGGUAGAAUCACCUAUAAUUAUAUUCAUGUUGAUGUUUAUUUUGACUCAAACACAAGAGAAUAUGGAAUUGGGUUAAUACUAUGGGUACAUGGUUUUAUUUCUGACAUCAAGGUUUUUACAGGAUACACCACCAAUGCAGAAUGUGGAGAAGUUCUUGCAGUAAAGAGAGCAUUGGAGUGGGCGAAAGAUCUAAAUCUGCAUAAAGUUCAGGUGCAAACUGAUAGUAAAAAUGUGAAAAAAAAUUUGGACAACAAACCUUCUACCUGUGAAUGGAGAACGAAAAAUAUUUUGAAAGAAUUGAAGGUUCUUUUGGGCUAUGUAAAUAGUAAGAUAAUGUAUGUAAAUAAAAAUCUGCUUAAGGAAGUUGAUAAACUAGCUAAAUGGGAAAGAUGCAAAAAUGGUUUUUUUGGUUCUUCUAACGCCCUUCAUAACAACCUAAAAGUUUAUAUUAAAAAGAUCUUGUAA